UUUGCCUUUGACUUCAUGAAAGAUUUAAAGAGGGUUCACAAAGUUGCCGUGAAUACUUUCACUUUCAGUUCAGUCUGAAAACCGACACAAUUGGCGACACAAAUCUAGAAAACUUCUUGAGAAAAUAAUAAUCGUACGCAUAUUUUGACAUUAUAAAGAAAGUUGUCAACUUAUUUUUGACAAAUGACGAUGCUACGUGGCAUUGAUGAGAACUUUAGAGAAGAAUAUAUGGGUGAAAAUGCGAGUACGUUUCUGAUAUCCCAUCCAGGUGGAUACUUUAAAGGAACCUACAAGCCGAUUUAUUUGCGUGGAUUCAAAGGAACGAUUAACCCUCAAAAGAAGACUGAAAUUCAAUGGAAAGGUCAAACUAAGGAGCUUAAAUGGCAUGGACAAGACACGUUACGGAAAAUAAACGGAGCUGCGUAUUCUAUGGCGAAUGUUGGAAAAUUAGUGAGACAACGAAGUGAGCGAGAAGUGUCAAUUAGAGAAGCUCACAUGGAUGGAUUCCGACCUUAUGUCGUAUACCAUCCGGGAGGAAUUUAUAAAGGCUGCUACAAGAAGAGUCAUUUCAGUGGAUAUGGGGUAAAGACUUUCGCUCAGAAGAAUCUAAUUUAUGACGGUCAAUGGAAGGACUCCAAGUGUCAUGGACAAGGGACGUUGCGGAAAAUCAACCCAGAUGGAUCAUCAUCUCGAUUGUAUGUUGGACAAUGGAUAAAGGGUAAACGUUGUGGCGAAGGUAAGAUGUUCCAUGCCGAUGGAAUUUAUUAUGGAUUCUGGAAGGAGAACAAACGUUGUGGCCUGGGGAUAAUGUGGUACACAGAUGGUGGGAUUUUUAUUGGAGAAUGGAAUAAUGGCAUGAUUCAUGGCAGAGGGAUAUUAUUCUAUGCCAAUGGCAGUCGUUAUGAAGGAUUUUUUGAGAAUGGCAUGAAACAUGGCGAGGGAUUGUAUAUGCACAAAGAAACCGGGCAGAUUCAAAAAGGAAUGUGGUAUCAGGAUGUUUGUAAGACUUCGAUGAUGUUUGAUGAUUUCAGUCAAGAGGCUAGCAAGCCACUGAAGUAUGAUUUUAAAGAGCUCAAGCUUCUGGAACCAAACGAGGUUAUCAAGAGGGUUUUUAAGGAGUACAUGCCAAAACCUCAAAAAAUAGGAAGGAAAAUUACUUGCAGCGACUAUAUUCUUAAAAUGAGAAGGAAACUUAUAGAAGUAGGUCUCACAAUUUAAGUGAUCAUCGGCGUCACACAGCUUUUACACUCAUUUUCAAAUAUCACAUUUAAAUCGUUUGUUUGUUUUUAUGUUUUGUUUAAAACUUUUAAGUAGCGAUUAUUUUUUUGCUACGAGAAAAUUCUAUACUACAAAAAUUUACAUAAAAUAAUUAUUAAACAAUUUCACCACUGGCUCCAUAAUUAAGUCCAUUGUUACGAUGAUGAUGAUCCAUGUGAUCUUGUUCCAUUUGUUCUUUGAGAAUUUCCAAUUCUCUUAUUCCCGACACUGUGACCUCGUAUUUGUGGGUGACCAGUGAACGAUAGAAGUGUAUGGCAAAAGCAAGAAAAAUAACCAAAACCGGGAUGAGGACAAUACACGCAGACCAAGCUGCUGGUUGACUUAGAUCGUAGAACUUCACCCAACAAAGAAUUGCUAUUUCGAGAAGGAACAAUAUCAGACCGAGCAGGGUGGAGAAGGCCCAGGCUGUUUCGAUGUACCAAUGGAGACGUUCGUGCGGUGAUUCGUGGACAAGUGAGAUACUGUGGAGAUUGCAAACAACUUCGAUAUUUGGCAGUAUACACGUACUAAUCAUCAGAGCUAGCAUGUGGACUGCAACGAGCAGGGUUGUACAGAUGGCGAAUGCAACAAGCAUUCCCGCAGGUACUUGUGUGUCGUUAUUUAGUUGAACUUCAACCAUUGCAACCUGAAAUUGGAGAAGAAUUUAUGUAAAUUAAUAAAAUAGACUUUAGAAUUAUUGCCAAAAUAAAAAUUAAUUAAAUUUGA